GAAGCAGAUGAGACACAAGGUGGACCAGCAGUCUGAAGCACUGAACAGCAGAACUGAAGAACUUCGUGUCCUCACAGAACGUGCACAUGAAACAAUGUCCUCCGAGAUCCUUGAGCUGCAAAUGCAGAAGAUGGAUAUGGAAUCAGCAAUGUGCUGUCAGUGUGCCCUUGGUGCUGAAGAGUGACCUUGUCUUGCAGGCGACUUUGGAGCAGGAGCUUCAGGAGGCACGAUACAAAGAAGAGCAACUACAUUUGGGCAACACCACCCUCCAGAGACAACUAGAGAGACUAACGGAGGAGAAGGAAGAGCGGGAGAGAGAGGCAGUGUCCUGCUACAAUGCUUUGGAGAAAGCUUGUGAAGCCAACCAAGACCUUCAAAUCCAGCUGGAACAGGUGUUGCAGCAGGCACAAGAUCCAAACAGCAAAGGCAAUUCUUUAUUUUCUGAGAUGCAGAUAGCCACCCUUAUGCAGCUCCAGGGCAACAGGGCUGACCCAGCACAGCUUGAGCGACUGCAAUUCAUGCUAUCUGACAAAAACAAUGAGAUAGAAAGCUUGAUGAUGAAAGUAAGAGAGCUGGAGAAAGCGAAGAGGUGAACAAAGCACAAGUACAGAAACGCCGGCGGGAGAAGUUUCCCGUAGCUGUUCCAGAGGAAGAAUCAGCACCUAGCAAAGAGAAAAUUGCAACCAUGGACACUAGUGAAAAUACUAGAGAAAAACCCCUUAGUCAUCCCAUUAAGAAGCUGGUUGUGAUCCCCCUGCAGUCUGCAUAACCCACAUAACUCAACCCUGUCAUGUCCCGUGAAAACAAGUCUGUCCGAAUCUCUGAGGAUCCCCCAGUCUGCAUUCCUGAUGCGCCCAGGUCUCCUGUAAGUGACUCCAAUAGCAAGAAUGAGGAUCAAACUCAUCAAAGCAUUGACAAGGAGGAGAACUGGAGAACUGAAAGGAAGAGGAAAAAGUACCAACAACCCACUCAUGUUAACUCAGAAAAAAACUAUGGCGAACGAGUGUGCUUAACAGUAGUUCGGCUAUUGUAAAAUGUGAAUCCUUUAUCAAUAUUUGUAAUAUUUGAAAGAAAAAAAAGAUAGUGUAUGCAUUUUACAGGUGUAUAAUUUACAUCAUUGUUUGAUUUGUGGCUUGUCCUGUCUAUGCACCUGGUUUGUAAAACAGUUUACCUUUAUACAUGUAUUCAUAACGUCUAUAAUAUAAUUAAUUAUUUUCGACUGUUAAAAAAAAAGUAAAUUAAUGCAGCCUGAUAAGUAAUUAAUUAACCACUGGUACCUAUUCUAUGUUUUAUAGUGGUCUACAAACAAACAAAAAGAACCAGAUAUAGUCUUCAGUUUUUGUCUUUCACUGUAAGAGACUGAUUGAUUUAUAGUACAUAAGCCAUUUGUGCAAAAUGGUUAGUUUAUAUAACCAUUAAGAUUUUAUCUGUAUGAUUUUCUCAUUGUUGAUUUUUUUUUUCUUAAUUUGUCUAUGAACAGAAAAAAAGUAUUUUUAUUGUUGU